UAUUGAAGAGGUGGUAUCCGGCUGAGAGCAACAAUUAUUCCUGGAGUUUGGUUUUUUUUCAACAGCGCGACCUCAUCAAAGGCGUUUCUAAUGCAAAAAGACUGAACCGGGACAUUUUGCAAAGUUCAGGGUCUCCCGCCCGCCCCCCCCCCCCGGCCAUCUGCUUCCAGAUUCCCCCCGGAGCGAGCGUAUUUUGGGGUAGAUGGCGAUGCUGCUCGACGGUGGCCCCCAGUUCCCCACGCUGGGAAUGGGUGGUUUCGGGAGCCCCCGACACCAUGACAUGAGUAACCGCGAACCGGCACUGGGGUUCGGCCCUUUCUGCGACUCGCCUGACCCUGGAACCUUCAAGCUCAGCCCGGGGUCUCACGAGAUCUCGGCCGGUCAGACCUCUGCCUUCACCCCGCAGGCAUCGGGCUACACAGCCGCUUUGGCUCCUCACGCCGGCCAAGUUGGCUCCUACGGUGGGACGCCGUUCAACGCCAGCCGGGAGUUUCUGUUUCGCAACCGGAGCGGCACUCUCGGGGACUCGGCCAUCGCGGGCUCCCAGCACAGCCUCUUCAGCUCGCCCGGCGGGGGGAUGCACGGACCCCCGGCCAUACCGGACACUCCGGGACAUCUCCUCUUCCCAGGACUUCACGAGCAGAAUUCCAACCACUCGUCGACCGCCGGGCACGUCGUGAACGGUCAGAUGCGCCUCGGACUGCACGGUGAGCUGUUCGCCAGGGCAGACCCUUACCGGGGCGUGAGCAGUCCGAGGGUCGAGUCCUACUCGACGGCGCAGCUGCACAACUACAACCCGAUGAAUAUGACGAUGGGGAUGAACGUGGCGCGACACCAGGGACCCGGAGCGUUCUUCCGCUACAUGAGGCAGCCCAUCAAACAGGAGUUACCCUGCAAGUGGGUGGACGAAGUUCAGAACAAUCGCAGCAAAGCCACUUGCGAACGGACUUUCGGCAGCAUGCACGAGCUGGUAGCCCACCUGGCCGUGGAGCACGUCGGCGGGCCCGAGCACACCAACCACAUCUGCUACUGGGAGCAGUGUCCCCGGGGAGGCAAAUCCUUCAAGGCCAAAUAUAAACUCAUCAACCACAUCCGCGUGCACACGGGCGAGAAACCUUUCCCGUGCCCCUUCCCAGGAUGUGGGAAAAUAUUUGCCAGGUCUGAAAACCUGAAGAUCCACAAACGGACCCACACAGGUGAAAAGCCGUUUAAGUGUGAAUUUGAGGGCUGUGAUAGGCGAUUCGCCAACAGCAGUGACCGCAAGAAGCACAUGCAUGUGCACACAUCAGACAAGCCCUACAUCUGUAGAAUGUGUGACAAGUCCUAUACGCAUCCCAGCUCCCUUCGUAAGCACAUGAAGGUUCACGAAUGCCAGGGUUCGGAUACAUCUCCCGCGCCCAGCUCCGGAUACGAAUCCUCCACUCCCCCGGCCUUGCUCUCCUCAAACAGUGAAGAUCCCGGCAAGAGCGCGGCGCCACUCGCACAGAACCAUCCCAACCACAACCCGCCGCUGCCGCCCAAUUUUAACGAGUGGUAUGUGUGAGGACCGGACACAGCAGGCUAUUCGGGGACGCAUCCGGCGGCUCACCACCUCCGACCUGUUGAAAUUUUACCGAACCAAGCUGAUAACCGCGUCCCGGCAAAGCGCUGCCGGCGGGAAGCGGCUGGUGGUUGGCUCCGGUUUCAAGGCUAAUGUAGAGCUGGUCGACACCGAGAACACACUCAGGAUUUCAACCGACUGCUCCGGCGCUCAAGAGGUGAUGAUUUUUUUUCCCGUUGUUUUGUCGGAAUUUUUUAAAGGAGGGUUGGGAACUCGCGUUUGCCAUUUCUAGUAAAGUUCACGGCACAUCAAAGGUGGCGGCUGUGAAAUCCAGACAGUCUUAAAAGAAACUGCCAAAGUCUUAUUAUGUUUUGAAGUUAAAAGAAUUCUUGUGAAUGUAUUUCCUGUCCGACUGGGUCAAAGCUGUUGUGGUCUUACGCUUUUCGCAAGUUGCGCAGUCCUGUCACCGGCGCUGCUCCGUGACAAUUAACGUUGCCUUUUUUGUAACAACUAAUUUCUGUAAAUAUACAUAUUCAUAAUGUCAUAUUUAUCACUUUGUAAUUUAAUUGUCGAUAUUUGCGUGACACGCUGAAACAAUAUUUAUGAAGAAUUGUUUUCUAACAAAAAACUAUGUACAGUUUGAUUUUUUUUGAAAAAAAGGGUUAUAACAGCGUUAACAUUAAACAAUUUUCGU